AUGUCUGAUCUGAUUCUGAACGACGCUACAUAUUGCGAGACGCAAUUGGCGGACAAACUCACGGUGACUGAUAGCCGCACUUCUAUUUCAUACGAAAUUCCCAUCGUCAACAAUGCAGUAAAAGCCACUGAUUUUAGGGGCAUAUCGGCGAUUGGGCCGGCUGCAAGCCCUCUUGAUCGUUAUGCCGCAGGGCUGAAGAUUAUAGAUCCUGGGUUUCAGAACACUGCUGUCGCGCAUUCCUCAAUUACGUACAUAGAUGGUGUGAAAGGAACGAUUCAGUACCGAGGUUAUAUGCUUGAUGACUUGUUGGAAAAACACGACUUUGAAGAUGUAUCUUUCUUGCUUGUUUGGGGUCAUUUACCGUCAAGGGAGGAGAAACUGAAGUUUCGUGCCAACUUGUCCGCGAAAGCAGAUCCGCCCCAAUCGGUGAUCGAUACGAUAAAAUCUUUCCCACGCAACACCCCAUACCACUUGAUGUUUGUGGCAGGAUUAUCGGCUUGGGCUGCUACAGACCCAACCAUGAUUCCUAUUUACAUGGGAAAAGAGCUUUAUUUGGGGAAGAUGCAUGCCGUUGAUGAAGGUGUAAUCCGAACCAUUGCUGCCUCUAUCAGUGUGAUUGCUCUGAUAUACUGCCAUUAUCAAGAGAAGCAGAUAUGCCCUUCUGACCCAGAUGCAUCCCUGGCGGAGAAUAUUCUGCUGAUGAUGGGCCUCGUUGAUGAGACCUCCAAGCGGCCCGACCCAAAGAUGGUGCGAAUUCUAAAUAGCCUCUGGAUUGUGUACGCCGAUCAUGAGAUGACGAACUCGACUGCUGCAAGCCUUCAUGUCGGGUCCGGCCUAGCAGAUCCUUUCAGCUGCGUCAGCGCUGCUGCAUGUGCCCUCUCCGGCCCCUUACACGGCGGAGCCAUUGAUCUUGCAUACAAAACCUUCGAGCGCAUUGGGAGCAAAGAUAAUGUGCCACAAGCAAUAGCAGAUGUCAAAGCACACAAAUUUCGGCUGUCAGGAUAUGGACAUCGUAUCUACAAGACAGUUGACCCUCGCGUUAAACACCUGAAGAACGCACUCGAUGAACUGUCUGACAAUGUUCAAGCCAAUGCACACCUUUCAGUAGCGCUGGAGAUUGAUCGAAUUGCGUCGCAGGAUCCUUAUUUCAUAUCUCGGAAUCUGAAUACAAAUGCAGACCUUUACGGGUGCUUUGUGUUUUCCGCCAUGGGUUUCAAACCGGAGAUCAUUACAGCUUUGAUGCUAGCGGGCCGAGUCAAUGGAAUUCUAGCACAUUGGCGUGAGCAAAUGGGUAAGUGA